AACUAAUAGAGCCACCUUUUUUGGGGAGCAUAUAUAAAAGCCGACGAAUGACCGUGAUUAAGCAGAUGCACUUCUAGCAGAGUUCUGUAGAGCAACUAAGAAAAUAUACUAAAAGAAAAUGAAAUUCGUCACCGUCGCCACCUUCGUCGCCGUGCUGGCCUUCGCUUGCGCUGAUGUCUCCGAGCUGGGUUAUGCCUAUAACCAACCGGCUGCCAGCGCUCCUGUCAGCUCUUAUAUUCCACCAGCUGCAAAUGCUCCAGAGCCAGCCUACGCUCCAGCACCAGCUCCCGCCCCAGCUUACCAACCAGCACCUGCUGCAUCUGCGCCAUCUUCUGCAUACCUCGCGCCACAACCAGCUGCCUCUGAGGUCUAUGAACAGCCCGCUCAAGAUGGUUACAGAUACCGCACUGUGCGUCGCCGUGUCUACAAACAACGUCGUUUCUAAACUGUGUUAAAAACGGUUUAGCUUUGGUGCUGCAACCAAAAUUUGCUCGAUUUUUUUUGUAAAAAAA